AUGUUGGGUUUCGUUGGCUUCCUGGAUGGUUCAUGCCAUGCUCAGGUGGAGUCCCCGGUGGAGUCUGGAGCACCCUCCACUCUGAAUGCUCCUCGCGAUUUGUCAGGUCUGCCUCUCUUGACGGAAUCAUUUGCCUUGCCUUACAGCCACGAGACUUCUCAACACGCCUACGACAAGUCCAAACAUGCCUCUUAUGCCCCAAACUUUGACUCCAAGCACCUCCGUCACAACCACGACAACAACAACUUCUCCCUCCUCUUCCAGAAGUACUCUGAAGGUCAGCAUUCGCUCUCCAAUUACCCCCAGCCUGCCACAGCCCAAGUCUGA